AUGGACUGGGAUUACAUUCAUAGUGUAGGGAUUACUAGUGUAGGGAUUACUAGUGUAGGGAUUACUAGUGUAGGGAUUACUAGUGUAGGGCUUACUAGUGUAGGGAUUACUAGUGUAGGGAUUACUAGUGUAGGGAUUACUACUGUAGGGAUUACUAGUGUAGGGAUUACUAGUGUAGGGAUUACUGCUGUAGGGAUUACUAGUGUAGGGAUUACUACUGUAGUGAUUACUAGUGCUGAGAUUACUAGUGUAGGGAUUACUACUGUAGGGAUUACUAGUGCUGAGAUUACUAGUGUAGGGAUUACUAGUGCUGAGAUUACUAGUGUUGAGAUUACUAGUGUAGGGAUUACUAGUGUAGGGAUUACUAGUGUAGGGAUUACUACUGUAGGGAUUACUGCUGUAGGGAUUACUACUGUAGGGAUUACUGCUGUAGGGAUUACUACUGUAGUGAUUACUAGUGCUAAGAUUACUAGUGUAGGGAUUACUACUGUAGGGAUUACUAGUGCUGAGAUUACUAGUGUAGGGAUUACUAGUGCUGAGAUUACUAGUGUAGGGAUUACUAAUGUAGGGUUUACUAGUGCUGAGAUUACUAGUGUAGGGAUUACUACUGUAGGAAUUACUAGUGCUGAGAUUACUAGUGUAGGGAUUACUAAUGUAGGGAUUACUAGUGCUGAGAUUACUAGUGCUGAGAUUACUAGUGUAGGGAUUACUGCUGUAGGGAUUACUACUAUAGGGAUUACUGCUGUAGGGAUUACUGAUGUAGGGAUUACUGCUUUAGGAAUUACUGCUGUAGGGAUUACUGUUGUAGAGAUUACUACUGUAGGGAUUACUGCUGUAGGGAUUACUACUGUAGGGAUUACUGCUGUAGGGAUUACUGCUGUAGGGAUUACUACUGUAGGGAUUACUGCUGUAGGGAUUACUACUGUAGGGAUUACUAGAGCUGAGAUUACUAGUGUAGGGAUUACUACUGUAGCGAUUACUGUUGUAGGGAUUACUGCUGUAGCCAUUUCUGGUGCUGUGAUUACUAGUGUAGGGAUUACUAGUGCUGAGAUUACUACUGUAGGGAUUACUAGUGCUGAGAUUACUAGUGUAGGGAUUACUAGUGCUGAGAUUACUAGUGUAGGGAUUACUAUUGCUGAGAUUACUAGUGUAGGGAUUACUAGUGCUGAGAUUACUAGUGUAGGGAUUACUAGUGCUGAGAUUACUAGUGUAGUGAUUACUAGUGCUGUGAUUACUAGUGUAGGGAUUACUAGUGCUGAGAUUACUAGUGCUGAGAUUACUAGUGCUGAGAUUACUAGUGUAGGGAUUACUAGUGCUGAGAUUACUAGUGUAGGGAUUACUAGUGCUGAGAUUACUAGUGUAGGGAUUACUAGUGCUGAGAUUACUUGUGUAGGGAUUACUAAUGUAGGAUUACUAGUGUAG